AUGGAUACGUUGGGCAACUUGAUUGUUUCUUCACCGAAUAUAAAAUACACCGACGAUUUUAUUUAUUCAGAUUAUGAAUAUAAAGACACUUUAGUAACCAGAAAUGGGAACGACCUGGUGGCAAAACCGUACCAGUCAUCUCUACAAAUCAGGACAGGCAGAAGAAUAGGAAAGGUGGGUGUUAUGCUAGUGGGCUGGGGGGGCAAUAAUGGUUCCACAUUCACCGCUGCUGUGCUUGCUAACAGACAUCAGCUUUCUUGGAACACUAGGAAUGGAAAAUUAGACUCUAACUGGUUUGGAUCUAUAACACAAGCUUCAACGGUGCGACUAGGCCUGGAUGAAAAAGGAAAUGAUGUCUUUGUUGGUAUGUCACAAGUGCUACCUAUGGUCCAUCCAGAUGAUUUGGUGAUCGACGGAUGGGAUAUAAGUCCAUUAAACCUGGCAGAAUCCAUGGUGCGGGCCAAAGUUAUUGAAUAUGAUCUGCAAAUGAAGCUGAAGAAAGAAAUGUCUGCAAUGAAGCCGAGGCCAGCUAUCUACGAUCCAGACUUUAUUGCGGCAAACCAGGCGGAUCGGGCGACAAAUCUGAUCCGCGGGACCCGCUACGAGCAGUACCUCCAGAUUCGAGCGGACAUUAAGGACUUCCGCGACGAGAACGACCUCGACAAGGUCAUCGUGCUGUGGACGGCCAACACCGAGAGGUUCUGCGAAGUGAAGCCCGGCGUGCACGACUCGGACGUGAAUUUGGAGAAGGCUCUGAGGGCGAACGAUCCGGAGAUAUCUCCUUCGACGAUCUUUGCGUUGGCGGCUAUCGACGAGGGCUGUUGCUACAUCAACGGCUCGCCGCAGAACACGUUGGUGGCGGGAGUAGUGGAGCGCGCGGAGAAACGCGGCGUCUUCGUGGCGGGCGAUGACUUCAAGUCGGGACAGACCAAGCUGAAGUCUGUGCUCGUGGAUUUCCUCGUGUCUGCCGGUCUAAAGCCAGUGUCCAUUGUAAGCUACAACCACUUAGGAAACAACGACGGCAAGAAUCUCUCGGCGCCCAAGCAGUUCCGGUCCAAGGAGAUAACCAAGAGCAAUGUAGUGGACGACAUGGUGGAGUCCAACCGCAUUCUGUACGCCCAAGGUGAAAAGCCAGAUCACGUGGUGGUUAUCAAAUAUGUGCCGUAUGUGGGGGACUCGAAACGCGCCAUGGACGAAUACACCUCGGAAAUCCUGCUCCACGGCACUAAUACGAUCGUAGUGCACAACACUUGCGAGGACUCUCUGCUGGCCGUUCCGUUGAUCCUGGACCUGGUGGUGUUGGCCGAGCUGUUCGCUCGGGUCUCGUUCCGCAGGCAGGCGACUGACGAGUGGAGCGGAAUGCACGCGGUGUUGUCCCCGCUGGCGUACCUGCUAAAGGCGCCCUUGGUGCCGCCCGGCACUCCGGUCGUUAAUGCGCUCUUUAAGCAGCGGGCCUGCAUCGACAACAUCCUUCGCGCCUGUCUCGCGUUGCCGCCCGCGACCCACAUGCAGCUCGAGCACAAGGUCCCCUUUUUGAUGUCCGAACUGCGCUCCGGCGCUAUGUUCGCGGCGUCUCCUCCGCUGAAGAAGCAGAAGCUGGCGCACGAGAACGGCGACCAGUAG